CAUUUGAGGCUUUUUUUUGGGAAAAGGGUUCAAGUUGUGUCGAACAAGUCAUGACACACACACACACAAAAUGCUAUAGAAUAGUAUAACUUGCUUUGAAAAAGGAUCGUAUCCACUCUUCAAUCCUUCUAUGGCAUUCAAUCUACCAGUCAUUGAUUUUACUUGCCAAUGUCACAUGUGGAAUCGUUGCAUUGUUGGCGUCAGUAAACUGUUGCCGUUGGGUGUCAACGUCUUUCAUUCAAGUAUUUCCAGUUCUAAUAAAGCUCAACCAUUCAGGUCAACUCGUAUACUAUUAUUUCGUUAUAGUAACAGUUCAACUUGUAAGAAGGAGUUUUGGAAAACAACUAUGCAGAAUACUCCAGCGACGAGAGAUGAUAACGAUCAAACAGAAAAUAUUGUGUCUUUAGAUGAAUAUUUGAAAAUGACAGAAGAGGAGAGACAAAAACUUCCAAAAGCAAGACAAAAAAAGCUUGCAAAGAUGGCGUUGAAAGAGGAGAAGAAAGCAGUCAAAGCUCAAGUCAAGUCAGCAGAUAACGUAACGGAAACGACCAACAAGAAACAAACCAAAAAGCCAAAUAUGAUUGUGUCUCAAGAAGAAGUGAAAACUGCCCACUUUAUACCAGGACAAAAGAAAGAUACUAGCAAUCCUUUUCCUCCAGCCUAUCAACCAAAAUUGGUGGAAAGUGGUUGGUAUGAAUGGUGGGAGGCUCAAAAUUAUUUUCAUGUCGAUAAUUCAGUAGACUCUUCCAAGUACAAAGGAAAGUUUGUUAUGGUUAUUCCACCGCCCAACGUAACUGGUUCUCUACAUAUCGGUCAUGCCUUAACGAUAGCGAUUGAGGAUGCUUUGGCACGUUGGUAUCGUAUGUCUGGGUAUCUGACUGUGUGGAUACCUGGAACAGAUCAUGCAGGUAUAGCGACGCAAUCUGUUGUGGAAAAGAAAAUAUUUCGCGAAAGUGGUAAAACGAGACAUGAUUUGGGUCGUGAAAAAUUCAUAGAAGAAGUUUGGAAAUGGAAGCAUAAUUAUGGUGAUCGAAUAUGUAAUCAACUGAGAAGAAUGGGUUGCUCUGUCGAUUGGAAAAGAGAACAGUUCACCCUUUCCAAUAGGCUUUCUCAAGCAGUUGUGGAAGCUUUUGUUCGAUUGGAUGAAAUCGGAUUGGUCUAUCGUGGUACACGUUUGGUGAAUUGGAGCUGUCAUUUAUGUACGGCACUAUCCGAUAUUGAAGUUGAAUACAUGGACAUUACGAAGCCUUUGAAAAGAAAGGUACCUGGUCAUAAUAAGGAAGUGGAGUUUGGUUGGUUAACCAAGUUUGCCUAUCCUGUUGAAGAAGAGUCUAGAGAAGGUGGUGAGAGAUUGAUAGUGGCGACUACUAGAUUGGAGACCAUGUUAGGGGAUGUUGCAGUUGCCGUCCAUCCACGGGACCCUCGUUAUGCAUCCUUCAUCGGUAAAUAUGUAACUCAUCCAUUCUUAUCUCGCAAAUUGCCUAUUAUCGGAGAUGAAGAAUUAGUAGAUAUGGAGUUUGGUACUGGUGUGGUCAAGAUAACUCCUGCUCAUGAUCCCAAUGACUUUUUAUGUGGACAACGCCAUCAACUGCAGAGUAUUUCAGUUUUUACAGACGAUGGAAGAAUCAACGAAAAUGGAGGCCCUUUUAAAGGAAUGAUGAGAUAUGAUGCUCGAAUUGCCAUAGAAAAGGCAUUGGAAGAGAAAGGCCUUUUUUACGGAAAGGAAGAAAAUCCAAUGCGUCUAGCAUUGUGUUCUCGAAGUGGCGAUAUUAUUGAACCAAUGCUAAAACCUCAAUGGUAUAUUCGUUGUUCUGAAAUGGCCAUGAAAGCGAAAGAUAAAACGAUAUCUGGUGAAUUGAAGAUUAUUCCAGAAUUUCAUCAACAAACUUGGUUUCAUUGGUUGGAUAACAUUCGAGAUUGGUGCGUUUCCAGACAGUUGUGGUGGGGCCAUCGUAUUCCGGCAUAUCAAGUAUUCAGCAAGACAGGAAAUGCGUACGGAAAAAUGGAACAACAAUGGAUAGUGGGCCGAAAUGAAGAAGAAGCCAAAAAGAAGGCCUCUGAGAAGUUUGACAUUCCAUUAGAAUCUAUCAUCCUCAAACAAGAUGAGGAUGUUUUGGAUACUUGGUUCUCUUCAGGACUAUUUCCAUUUUCUGUAUUUGGUUGGCCCAAUAAAGAAGAGCGAGAUCUCCAACAAUUUUAUCCUACUACCUUGUUGGAAACUGGUCAUGAUAUUUUAUUCUUUUGGGUCGCUAGGAUGGUCAUGUUGGGCUUAACUCUCACUGGAGAACUACCCUUUAGAACCGUUUAUCUACAUGCUAUGAUUCGAGACAAGUAUGGUCGGAAGAUGAGCAAGUCAUUGGGUAAUGUGAUUGAUCCUUUGGAAGUUGUCGAUGGGGCUACACUGGAACAAUUACAUAAAAAGUUAGAAUCUGGCAACUUGGAUCCCAAAGAAGUGAAACGUGCGAUGGAAGGCCAGAAACAAGAAUAUCCACAUGGCAUUCCAGAAUGUGGUUCAGAUGCCCUUCGUUAUGGACUUUUAGCCUACACUAUUCAAGGUCGAGACAUUAACUUGGAUGUCAAUCGAGUGGCAGCAUAUCGUAAUUUUUGUAACAAAUUAUGGAAUGCGACUCGCUUUGCUAUUCUUAAUUUAGGAGAAUCUUUUCGCUAUGAUGAAAACGGUCUUUCUUCAGUUUUGCAUGGAGGGAAUGAAUAUUUAAUAGACAAGUGGAUACUCUCCCGGUUGAACGAUACUAUUAUCCGUACGAACGAGGCAUUUGAAGAAUAUCGAUUUGCGGAUGCAGUUCAAAGCACCUACUGUUUUUGGUUAUAUGAGCUCUGCGAUGUAUAUUUGGAAGCAAUUAAACCGAAAAUGAAUUCUGGAGAUGAAUCAAACAAGUUCCCUUCCAAAUGUGUGCUGUUUCAGUGCUUGCAUAUUGGACUGCGACUUAUUCAUCCUUUGAUGCCUUUUGUAUCCGAAGAGUUGUAUCAAAGACUUCCUGGACGUAAAGAAUACGAAAAUAUCGAAAGCAUUACCAUUGCUCCUUAUCCUGUUGUUCAGUCUGUGUGGCAUAACGCAUUGGCUGAGAAAUAUGUUGCGUUUGCUCAAAAGAUAGUCAAAGCUUUAAGAAAUUUACGAGCCAUUUACGAUGUGAAGCGACAGAUUCGACCAGAAAUGUAUCUUAGAGUUCGUGACUCCCAAUCGUUGGAGCUAGGAGAGGCUACAAAAGAUAUUAUCCAGACCUUGGCUUUGGCUAGCACACUUAAUAUUCUUGCAGCGUUCAGAGACGAUUCGAUUCCGUCGGGCUGUGCAAUUCAGGUAGUGGAUGAUAGUUGCGAAGUAUACUUGUUGCUGAAGGGACUUGUGGACUUUGACGUUGAAUUCAAAAAAUUGGAAGCUAAGGCUCAAGAGAAACGUUUGCAAGUUCAAGCAUAUCAGCAAAAAAUACAAGCAACUGGAUAUGAAAAAGUUCCACAAGAAGUGAAACAACGCAAUGAGGAAUACCUGGCGAAAUACGAACAAGAGUUGAAUGUUAUAGAAGAGGCACGCAAAAGAUUUGAACAGUUACUAAGAGAGUCGUGAGGAUAUAUGAAAAACUUUCUCAACUGUUGGUUUCUCGUAUAAAUUUUUUUAUAGUAUC